ACUACAGAAGCCAACCUCGUUGCUCCUACUGCAAUAUAAUUCUUUCAUCUCUCUCUGGACCUCUCUAUAAAAAAAUGGGAUAUGGAGAGCUUUUAAUACGAAGCUACGAUGUCCAAAAUGAUAGAGCUGGAGUAGAAGAACUGGAAAAAAGAUGCGAGGUAGGCUCAACUGGAAGAGUGAUCCUCUUCACUGAUACUUUGGGUGACCCCAUUUGCAGAAUCCGAAACAGUCCUUUCUAUAACAUGCUGGUAGCGAAGCUUGGAGGUGAAUUGGUUGGUGUUAUCCAAGGCUCCAUAAAGCUAGCAAGUCUUCAUAAGCCUAAUCUAGCAAAGGUGGGUUAUGUGUUAGGCUUGAGAGUGUCUCCUCUUCAUCGGCGAAAAGGGAUUGGUUUAAAGCUUGUGUUAAAGCUAGAAGAAUGGUUUAUUCAAAACCACGUUGAUUAUGCUUACAUGGCAACAGAGAAAGACAAUGAAGCUUCCGUUCAGCUUUUCAUGGACAAGCUUGGUUAUGUCAAGUUUAGGACACCUUCUAUUCUUGUAAAUCCAGUUAAUCAUCGAUCUUUACGUAUAUCAUCAAACAUUCAAGUAACUAAACUCAACCCUCAAGAAGCUGAGCUUCUGUAUCGCAAAUUCUUGAAUUCAACUGAGCUUUUUCCAAACGACAUAGGCAAUAUACUAAACAACAAGUUAAGUUUAGGCACUUGGGUGGCUUAUCCUAGUGGUGAAGCAUGGUGUCAUUUUGGUUCAGAAGGAAAAGUUCCGAAAAAUUGGGCUAUGCUUAGUGUAUGGAAUAGUGGAGAGCUGUUCAAGCUGAGGUUAGGGAAAGUACCAAUACAUUGCUGGGUAUAUACAAAGAGUUCAAGGUUAAUUGCUAAACUAUUUCCUUGCUUUAAAUUGCGAGCAAUAACAGAUUUCUUCAGGCCAUUUGGGUUUUACUUUAUAUAUGGAUUGCACCAUCAGGGACCGUUAUCAGGAAACCUGGUUCGCACUUUAUGCAAAUUUGUACACAACAUGGCUAAAAAGGAUUGUAAAGUUAUAGUAACAGAAGUUGGAGAAAACGACAUAGUAAGGAAUCACAUCCCACAUUGGAAAUCACUUUCUUGUCCAGAAGAUUUGUGGUGUAUAAAGGCCUUGAAAAAUGAAGAAAAGAAGAGGCUUAAUGAAUUGACAACAGCAACAAAAACAUCUCUUUUUGUAGACCCAAGAGAGGUUUGAACAAGAAAACUAAUAUCCUCACCAUUUAGUUCCUGCUCCAAGCCAAACCCCACCUCAUUUUAUUAUGUAAUCAUUACAUUAUAUGAGUCACGGAUCGGUUCGUACACUUCUGAACUUAUGAAUGAGGAAGUAUUAAAAUUUCUAUGUAAUAAUCAUUAACAUUCAGGAGUACGAUGAAUUUUUACA